UCAGUUUCAGACUGAAAGCGUUAACAGCAUUUUUUUUCCUCUAAUAAACACCCACAACGGGGAAAAAAUGGGUCUGAGAGCUCGAUGUUUUUUUCUUUCUGCAAUCUUCGUGCUCAGGUUCAAGGCAACAGAAUAGGACCAAUAAAGGACACAGUCUGUAAAGAUGAUAUUGUGACAAAGCCCUCAUUGUGAAAGUUCGGAUACCUAACACGGUGCAAUAGUGAGCGUGUGAUUGAUUGAUUUAUACCCUUUAGAACGCGCCUUACGGUGCAAGACUGGACUACCAAAUGAUGAAAGUGAUGGGCUGAGGAGACGACAUGACAGUAGAACCCAAAGCUGUGAAAAGGACCUUGUUCAUCUUCUAAGCUGUAUUGUAUUUCAGCUUGGGUUGUGGAUAAUUUCGUAGUGGAAGAGGAUGUUACGUUUCUCUCCUUGUGUUGGGGUUUCGUUGGGAACAGUGUGAUGGGUUGGUAGAGCAACUGGCUGUCUCAUUCGAAAUGCAUUCAAGUCAACACACUCUCAACCAAUCAGUUCCAUUUUCAAUUGAAGCCCUGAUGGCACCGGCUUCUCAUCAAGGCCUUCCAUUCCUCCACGCCAGAAGAUUUCCAGCUGCACCAUGUUCACUCUUACCUCCCCUUUUUGACAGCCACCUACCUUCGGCUUUGAGGUUUACGGAUCAGACGUACCAUCUGGAACCUCGGACCAUCUCGGAACAUGUACCGUUUAAUCCACGGUUUUAUCCUGCUUCCGAUGCAGCGCUUAGACUUACUCUCUCGCGGAUUUCCCCGGGUUUCCUCUCCCUUCCGUGGCAACAACAACAACAACAACAACAACAACAACAACAACAACAACAACAAAAUGGUGACAGCCAUUUCCCACAGGGAAACUUUCUCCCCUUUCGACAGGGUCAAGGUCACCUUCAAUCUGUGACUUCUCAUACUUCCGGUGUCCACAAUGGGCUUCGAGUGCCUGUCGGCGCGUCGUCCUCUGCAUGUCAUGAUUUCCCCGGUUCACACAUUGUCUCAGGUAUAAGUAGGCCUUUUCAACCAACAGACAGUGCUGUAGCGUACUCAUCUUUCCUCACCAGGAAUUCGCAGGACGUGCGCAAACAAUCCCAUUUCCCGUUUCAGAACGUAUCGAAAUACGUCACCAACCCUGUAUCCUAUGUAGGAGAAUUCAAAUUUACGGAUAAUUUGGUGUGUAGACCAGAACCUAACCCAGAGGAGCAAGACUUUAGAUAUCAUCACAGAUUUCGUUUUGGUCGCAGCAGACAUAAAAACACACCCUCACAAUCUAUUUGUGAAAAAAACUUACACCAGCAAAGCUCUUCUAUACAAGGAGAAGGAGGAUCUAAGUCCAGAUCUCAGACACCUUCCUCAUCCAGGUCACGAUCUCCACUCUCCCCUACAACCCCUCAGUCUCCGGGUUCAGAGUCUCCAACCGGCUGUCUUCACAACGUAUCGGUCGCCAGGUCCGUUUCCCCUGGCUCCAAGUCGCUGACAUCAGCAUCUGACAAAGUAAGAUCCUGUCCAACAAAUGAAGAUGAUGUGCCUCACACUGCAUUACGUAAAUGUCAAAAUUCACUCAUCCCCGCCACAGCGAAAGAGCACGAUGUGAGUAUAUUAUGUUAUUCACCUUCUGAACGGGAGGUGACGUCUUCGGGUACCCAGGAUGCCACUCCUGAAGAAAUGAGUGACAGUGAAAUUCUGUGUGUCUCGGGGCAGGAGCUUGAACAACGGGACGCCAGCUAUGUACCUAUGCCAACGUCUCCGUAUCUAGAGCUGGAAGCCAAUCAAACACUCAAGGAUACUGGGACAACGCAGCCAUUGAUGAUAUACGACCAAUCACAAAAGGCCGAGAACAGUAAGUAG